AUGGUUGACAACACUGGAGAAGAAGAAGUUGAGCUGUCAAUUCUUCUUCCGCAAUCUAACCUACUUCAAAAGCCAGCAUGCGGUCACCUCCGAGACACGCACUUAGUUCCAGGAAAGUUGCUUAAGGGUUCUGAUCAUAUUUCACUUGGGCAAUACCAAGGCAAAUUUGGAGAGGACAGAAUUUGGGAUGACCAUCGUAUUUCAAUGCAAGAAGCUAUCAAGGAUGACUUAACGGAUAUUGAGAAAGAAGACAUUGACCGUGCAAUUGCACUCUCCCUGUCACAGGAGGAUCCGAAAGGGAAAAAAGUUGUUGAGGAUGACUCUCAAUCUGAAGAUGAGCAACUUUGUAAAAUUGAUGACGAGGAAGAUGAAUAUCUUGCCAAAAUUCAACAAGAAGAAGAUGAACAACUUGCUAAACUUCAACAAGAAGAAGAUGAACAACUUGCUAAACUUCAACAAGAAGAAGAUGAACGUCUUGCUAAAAUUCAACAAGCUGAAGUUGAACGUCUUGCUAAAGCUCAACUUGAGGAAGAUGAGCAACUUGCUAGGGCAAUUCAAGAAAGUUUGACCAUUGGUUCUUCUCCUGGAUCUGACAAUGAUUCUUCAUUUCUAUCUUAUCCUCACCCCUUUCCUCCUGGAUACAGAAUCUGUGCUGGGUGCAAGACUGAGAUUGGUCAAGGAAGAUUUUUAAGUUGCAUGGGAGGUGUCUGGCAUCCAGAAUGCUUCUGCUGCCAUGCAUGCCGUCUGCCAAUUACUGAUUAUGAGUUUUCCAUGUCUAGCAAUCGCCCCUUCCAUAAAUCAUGCUAUAGGGAGAAACAUCACCCCAGAUGUGAUGUUUGCAAGAACUUUAUCCCAACUAAUUCAUCUGGCCUCAUUGAGUAUAGAGCUCAUCCUUUCUGGCUACAAAAGUACUGCCCGUCUCAUGAGCUUGAUGGCACUCCUCGAUGCUGUAGCUGUGAAAGAAUGGAGGAGCUUACUGAUGGAUCCGUUCCUUUCCUUCUUUUGUCUUUUCGAUCAGUGCAGCCAAGGGAUGCAAAAUAUCUUUUGCUUGAUGAUGGUCGAAAGCUAUGUUUAGAGUGUCUAGACUCAUCUAUUAUGGAUACUCAUGAAUGCCAACCUCUCUACCUUGAAAUACAAGAAUUUUAUGAAGGUUUAAAUAUGAAAUUGGAGCAGCAAAUUCCUAUGCUCUUGGUUGAGAGACAAGCUCUGAAUGAGGCUAUGGAGGGAGAAAAGAAUGCAAGUGGUCAUCAUCACUUACCUGAAACUAGAGGACUCUGCUUGUCAGAAGAGCAAACUGUCACCACUAUUUCAAGGAGGCCAAGGAUCGGUGCUGGCUACCGAGUCAUAGACAUGAUAACUGAACCUUAUAAGCUGAUCCGUCGUUGUGAAGUGACAGCCAUUCUAGUUUUGUAUGGCCUUCCCAGGUUGUUAACAGGAUCGAUCCUAGCUCACGAGAUGAUGCAUGCAUGGCUUAGGCUUAAAGGUUAUCCUAACCUCAGUCCAGAAGUUGAAGAAGGAAUCUGCCAAGUGAUGGCUCAUAUGUGGUUAGAUUCCGAGCUCUAUUCCGGAUCUGGGAAUGAUGGUGCAUCUUCAUCAUCAUUGUCUUCAUCUUCAUCGUCUCCUUCUUCCUCUACUGCAUCAUCGAAGAAGGGGAAACGGUCCAACUUUGAGAAGAAACUCGGUGAGUUUUUUAAACACCAGAUUGAGUCAGAUACCUCCUCGGCUUAUGGAGAUGGAUUCAGAUCGGGUAACCAGGCAAUGCUCAAGUAUGGGCUCAAAAGGACCCUUGACCAUAUCCAUAUGACAGGAAGUUUUCCAUAUUGA